AAACAAAAUACCCAAAUGGCGAAUAAGGAGAAGCUUCCAUGGGAUUUGGUGGAAGAGAUCCUAUCUCGUGUCUCUCCUACUUCUCUUGUAAGUACCGUUUGCAAACGAUGGAACACUCUCUUCGACGACAAGACGUUCAUCAACAACCACAAGAUGACGUUUCAAUUCAUUUUAACAACUAGAUCCAAGAUUUAUUCGGUUAGCGUCAAUCCCAAGGUAGAGGUGCGUGAGUUAACCCUAAAUACUCCCGGUUUAAAACCUCAGAUACCUAUAAGCUUGGUUGAUACCAGUGGAUUCUUGCUUUGUGGCAUGGGUGAAGGAGCCGUGGUUUGGAACCCUUGGUUAAGACAGACUAGAUGCAUCGAGCCCGAGGUUAACCAACCUAGUUUAGAUUUUAUUGGCAUAGGUUAUGAUAAUAAUAAGAGAGUUGAGGAAAUUGUUUACAAGACCCUUUCCGUUUAUAUGAAGGACUUAGGCUCUACCGAUACGUGGAAAAUCCAUGACUUUGCUUCCGAUACGUGGACAGAUGAAGAUUUAGACGAAGCAAAAUAUAGUGAACUUGUUAAUGUUACCGUUAACCAUUACUUAACAAGUGUUGUUUCGUUGAAUGGAACUUUGUAUUGGGUUGCUUAUAAUGAUGACAAGACUCAUGAUACUGACCCCUUCUCGUUCUACGUACUUAGCUUCAAUUUUUCUAGCGAAGAAUUCUUGAAGUUUUGUGAUCUACCAAGUGGGAAGAACAAUGCUUGCGAUGCUCUUGUCCUAAGGGUUUUUAGGGAAGAUCGUUUUUCGUUGUUGAAGCAGUGCCAUGUGACAAAGAAGAUAAAGAUUUGGGUGACCAAGAACAAGGUUGAUAAUCGGUACGGUGGGGAUGUGAAAUGGAUGAGUUUCAUGGAGGUGUCAAUUCCUAACAUGCCAGAUUUAGUACAGACCAAAUCUCAUUCUCAGCCAAGUUACUUCAUUGACGAUAAAAGGAUCAUCAUUUGUUCUUGUGAUGAAACUGGUCGGGCUUGGAUCUAUGUUGUGGGGGAAAAUAAGUUUAUCAGUAAAACCCAAUUGGAUUCUGUCGUUGAUCCUUGGCCUUUGCACUGUACCUAUUUUCCCAGUUUGGUCCUGGUUCCUGGAGGUCAAAGAGAAGAAGCAGAAUUACAAGUUAAUUUUUAUUUUUGGUUGCUUUAUUUUUUUUCC